AUGAAUAAUAUUAUAUUAGAUGAGAAUAAAAAUAAUGGUCAGCCACAUCCACAACAACAACUUAAUAUUUUAAAAGAGGUCACAACUCUAUCACCUCCUCAAAAUAAUAAUAAUAAUAAUAAUAAUAAUAAUAGUAAUACACAAAAUGAAAAUAACCCAAGUAAUAAUACACCAAUGAUAUCUUCACCAGACUCUGUAAAUGGAGCACAACCUGUAAAUAAUAGUAAUAAUAAUAAUAAUAAUAAUAAUAAUAAUAAUAAUAAUAAUAAUAAUAGCCCAGUAGAGAAUAGUGAAAAUACUAUUGAUAAUAAUGAUAAUAAUAAUAAUGAUAAUAAUGAUAAUAAUAAUAAUGAUAAUAAUGAUAAAAAUAAUAAUAACUCAGUAGAGAAUAGUGAAAAUACUAUUGAUAAUAAUGAUAAUAGUGCAGCUCCUGCUGCUAUAAAUAUUAUACCAACACCAAGACCCACCAAAACUGCAUACAAAGUAACAAAUUUUUCACAAAAAGAUAAACCAUUUUAUACAGAGACUCAAACAAUUUUAGAUUUAACUUGGAGAUUAUAUGUAUUCCCAAAAGGUAAUAAUACAGAUAAUAAAGAUAUAUCGCUCUUUUUAGAUUUACUUGAAGUUCAACAACCUGGACAUCCAAAUAUUAAAGCAUCAUUUACAUUAGAAAUUUUAAAUCAAAAGAAUCCAGAAAAAAAUGUUAGAAAAAUAUCAGAUCAUUUAUUUAAUUCAAAAGGUGUAGAUUGGGGAUUCAAUAGAUUUAUGGAUAUUCAAACAUUGUUAGAUCCAGAACAAGGCUAUAUGAUUGAUGAUGGUUUUAUUAUUAAUGUUGAAGUAGUUCAAGCAUACAGUUGUAUUGAUUCUUCAAGUUAUGAUAGUAAAAAAAUUACUGGUUAUGUUGGUUUACAAAAUCAAGGUGCAACUUGUUAUAUGAAUUCAUUAUUACAGGCAUUGUUUCAUAUUUCACCAUUUAGAAGAGCAGUUUAUGAAUUACCAACAAUUUCAGAUGAUCCAACAAAAAGUAUAUCAUUAGCAUUACAGAGAAUAUUUUUUAAAUUACAAUUUGGAGAUAAAGCAGUUGGAACUAAAGAAUUAACGAAAAGUUUUGGAUGGGAUACAAUGGAUAUUUUCACACAACAUGAUGUUCAAGAAUUAAAUCGUGUCUUGUGUGAUAAUUUAAAUGAUAAGAUGAAGGGUACCAAAGCUGAAGGUACAGUUGAUGAUUUAUUUCGUGGAAAAAUCAAAAACUUUAUUAAAUGUGAAAAAGUAUCAUUUGAAUCAAAAAGUGAUGAAUACUUUUAUGACCUUUCUUUAAAUGUUAAAGGUUGUAAAGAUAUAAUUGCUUCAUUUGAUAAAUAUACAGAAACUGAAAGACUAGAUGGUUCAAAUCAAUAUUUCGCUGAAGGUUUUGGUUUACAAAAUGCAAACAAAGGUGUCAAAUUUUUAUCAUUACCACCAGUUUUAAAUUUACAUUUGAAAAGAUUUGAAUAUGAUCCAAUUAGAGAUGAAAAUGUUAAAAUUAAUGAUAAAUACAAAUUCCCAGAUACAUUAGAUUUAAAUCGUUAUUUAGAUGAAGGUGCUGAUAAAUCACUUUCUUAUAUUUAUACUUUACAAAGUGUAUUAAUUCAUUCAGGUGAUUUACAUAAUGGUCAUUAUUAUGCAUUUAUUAAAUCAAAUGGAGAAUGGUUCAAAUUUGAUGAUGAUGAAGUUACAAAAUCAACAUUUGAUAGAGUUUCAGAUGAAUCAUUUGGUUCUGAUUUUGGUAUUAGACCAGGUAGAAGUGAUAAUGCUUAUAUGUUAGUUUAUUUUAGAAAUAAUUGUUAUGACCAAUUAACUAGAACAAUUGAUGAAACAGAAAUACCAGAACAUUUGAAAUCUAGAAUUGAAAAGGAUGAAAUGAGAGAGAAUGAACAAACAUUUCAACUUAGACUUACUAGAGAUGAAGAUUUUACUGAUCAUAAAUCAUUUGAUUUAAUUGAUUUCGAGAGAUUCCCACCAAAAACAUUUAAAAAGACUCAUGAUAAUAUGAGUAUUGGUCAUUUUAAGAAACAAAUUACUGCCCAAUAUGGUAUUCCAGUUGAAAGACAAAGAAUUUGGGCUUGGACAACUAGAAGAAACAGAACUCAUAGAAUUGAAAAGUAUCCAGAACAAGAUGAUACGUCUUUAAAUUUAAUUCGUGCUAGAAUGAAUGGCGAUAUAAGAUUACAUUUAGAGAUUUGUUUUAAUCCAAGACCAUUAAUUGCACCAACUUCAAAUGGUAAUAAUUAUAUUUUAGCUAAUAAUAAUAUUAAUAAUAAUAAUAGUAAUAAUAACAACAAUAAUAAUAAUAAUAAUAAUAAUAAUAACAAUAAUAAUAAUGUUAACAGUGGUUUAACUGGUGGAAUAAAUCAAAUUAAUAGUGGUAUAAAUCAGCAUCAGCAUCAUCACCAUCACAAUAAUAAUAAUAAUCAAAUUGUAGAUAAUAUGAAUUCAUUUUUCCCAAAAAUCGAUAAGGAUAAUGAAACUAGUGCAUUAUUAUUUUUUAAAUUUUAUGAUCCAGAGACUAAAAGUUUAAAGUUUUUAGGAUCAAAAGUAUUGGAUAUUAGUUUAAAGGCAUCUAGUGUCUUCCCACAACUAUGUCAAUUGGCAGGUUUACCAAUUAAUACACCAUUGUUAGUCUAUGAGGAGAUUACUUCAUCAAAUAUUCAACCAAUUAAACCAAAUGAAACAUUGACAAAGUGUGAAAUGUUAAGUGGUGAUAUUUUAGUAUUUCAAAAACAAGUUGCCUCUCCAAAUAAAUUCAAUUUACCAACAGUCAUUGACUACUUUCAAUAUAUCAUAAAUACAAAAGUUGUAAAGAUUAAACAAGUAGAUAAUAGUCAAGUUCAAUUCAAUUGUGAAUUCUCAAAACAAAUGAAAUACUCUGAAAUCACUGCAAAGAUUGCGACACUAGUUGGUGCAAACUCUGAAAACAUUAGGUUAAUGUGUAAACAAAAUAUGGCCGCUCCAAUCUCUCCAAUCAAACCAAAUGAUAAUAUACCAUUGUAUGAUAUGUUAUCAAGUACAAAUAAAUUAACUGAUUUACUCUACUUUGAAAUCUUAAAUAUUCCAGUUAAAGAUUGUGAAAUCAAAAGAAACUUUAAAAUCACUUGGCAAAAACCUUUUACAAAUGAAUUUGAAAUCAUUUCAGUUUGGGUAUUAAGAGUUGGUGAUGUUAAAGAAUUAAUUAAUGAAUUUUUAAAAACUAUUAAAUUAAAUUAUAAACAACAAAAUAAUAAUAAUAAUUUACAACAACAACAACAACAACAACAACAAACGAAUGGUAUAGUUAUAAAUAAUAAUAAUCAACAACAACAACAACAACAACAACAACAACAACAACAACAACAACAACAACAACAACAACAAGAUAAUGAAAAUCAAAAACAAGAGAAUAAUAAUAAUUUUGAUAUUGAAACAAUUGAUUCAAAUAAAAUUAGACUUAUUGAAAUUAGAGGAUAUAGAGUUGAAAAGAUAUUAACAGACGAAGAUGUUUGCUCAAUUGGUGAUUCUUCAGCAUUGAGAGCAGAGAUGAUAUCAGAUGAAGAGAUGAAUCCAAAAAAUGGAGAAAGAGUUGUAUUUGUAGUUCAUUAUAGUAGAGAACAUAAUUAUCCAUUAUUCCAUGGCUCACCAAUGACAAUACUUUAUAAACCUGGUGAAUCUUGUCAAUCACUUAGAACAAGAUUAUAUGCGAAAUUGGGUGGAUCAAAAUCUUUAUCUUCCAAAGAAUUCUCAAGAUGGAAGAUUUCAAUCAUUAGAGGUGAUAAAGUUGAAUACAUUCCAGAUGAUGGUUCAAUUGGUACUAAUAUUGAUUGGAAUGCUGUAAAUACUUUUAUUGGCUUAGAACAUUCAAAUACUCAUAAUAAAAAUCAACAAAAAGCAAUUAAAAUCUUAGGUUAA